CGUCCAUUGAAGCUGCCCACGGCCAUCAUGUAUGAAGGAGAUUCGUGGUUCAAUGCCUUUGUGCCCCGCGCUCCCAAGCCCCAAGAGCGCUCCAGACAGGCCCGUCGCGAGUCGUUACUCACCCAGCCCAACGAGAUCCAGGCUGACGUGGCGCGAGCAGCAGGCAUCGCCGAGACGCCAGAGGACGCCCCCGACACCCUCACCGGCCCUCCGCCUGCGACUGUUGCCCGACGCGCCAAGUCGUACAGCGACUUCUACUCGGUCGUGCGCGCCCACCUGAAGAAGGAAAAGGCGCUGGAGAGGAAGAAGUCGCAGGAACACCUCGCCUCGGAGAUUGACUUUGCAGCCUGGUAUGGCGGCGUCAACGAGGACCUGCUCGAGGCCAGCCAUGCCGAGUACGCCCUCUACCAGAACCAGCUGCACAUGACGCGCAACCAGCUCGACAACAUCAUCGCCGACACCACCGACACCCUCGACAUGCUCUCGUCUCUGUCCGACUCGUUCAAGACGGUCGAGGCCCAGACCACCGCCUUCCGCACGCAGUGUGAGGGCCUCAUCGACGACCAGACACGCAUCACCAAGCUGGCCGACGACAUGGAGCAGAACCUGCGCUACUACCUCUACCUGGAACCUACUACGAAACGCCUCAAUGCUCCGGGUGCCGGGAAGAUUGUGCGUGGGAAGGAGUUCACCGACAUGCUGGCCAACCUCGACAGCUGUUUGGAGUACAUGCAGGCCAACACGAAGCACCGCGAGGCCGACACCUACCGUUCGCGAUACCGCCUGCUCCUGACCCGUGCCCUCACGCUCAUCCGUGUCCACUUCACAGAAGCCCUCCGUGACCUCGCCGCUGAUGUGUCCAAGAGGAUCGCCGACCGGCAGCUGAACGACACCACCAUGUCUGCGCUGCUGUACGCCAAGUUCCGCGUGGGUGCGCCAGAACUGAAGAGCAUUGGGAUUGAAGUGCAGAAGCGGGCAGUGCUGCCGGCAGGAGCAGCGCCUGGGACAGAGGCAGAAUACCAGAGCCUGAUGAACGAGCUGUACCAGAGCUACUCCACCACCCGCGGCCGUCUCAUCCUCCCCAUCGUCACCAAGAAGAUUGGCGAAAUCGCACAAGCCCCCAGCACCUCCAAGGACCUCGUCUCCUUCGCACGAAGCAGCAUCAGCUACAUCCGCGGCAUCUGCUUUGACGAGUGCGAGCUGUGGCGCGAAUGGUUCGACGGCGAUGGCGGGCUCUACGACUUCCUCGAAGCCAUGUGCGAGCCCCUCUACGACCACCUCCGUCCACGCACCAUCCACGAGACGCAGAUCCUCAAGUUGUGCGAACUCUGCACCCUGCUCCAGACCCGCUAUAUGGACGAGGAAGAUGAGGAAGACUCGCCCAUCGACGCCAACAAGCUCGACUUCUCCGUCCUCGUCCACCCCGCGCUCGAAGACGCCCAGAGCCGUCUCGUCUUCCUGUCCCUCGCCGUCCUACGCGACGAUAUCGAACGCUACAAGCCAAAGCCAGAAGAUCUGGACUACCCCGCUAAAAACAAGAAGCAGGGCGCGUCGGGGAAAUCCAACCAGCCCGUCUUGUCCGGCAAGAAACAGCCAAAAGCAGACGCCCCGCCCACGCCCCUGAUGCCCAAAACACCCACGAUUGUUGAAGACGACGACCCCGACGCGCGCUGGUCCUUCAACACCGAAGCCGCCUUCGCAGACUGGUACCCCACACUCCGCAAAGCAAUCUGGCUGCUCAGUAAAAUCUACCGCCUAGUCCACUCAACGGUCUUCGACGACCUCGCCCACCGCAUAGUCCACAGCACCACCCUCUCCCUAACCCACGCCAGCACCCUCCUCGCAAAAUCAUCCUCCCCAACCGACGCAUCCCUCUUCCUCAUCGCCCACCUCCUCGUCCUAAAACACCAAAUCCUCGCUUUCGACAUCGAAUUCGUCACCCCGGAGACGGACAUCCACUACGAUCUGUCGUCGAUCUCGACGUCCUUCUGGGCCCUACAGUCCCGCGGCGCGGCGCUGUUCAAUCCGCGGAAUCUCGUCGCCCUGCUUAUUCCGCAGGUCGUGGAGAAUAUGCUCGAUGCGAAGGCGGAGGUCGAUGCUAGGCUUAGACAGGCGAUUACGCAGUUCACUGCUGCGUUCUGCGAGAGGAUUACCGUGCCUAUUGCGAAGGGGAAGAAGGUUCCUACAGCGGAAGCCCCCGCGCGAACGAGCAAGAUCCGCCAGAACGUCGAGCUGGAGAUGCCGUUCCUGAGGUCUAAGCUGGAGGAGUAUGUCCAGGAGCGGCGUACGAGGGAGAUGCUGCGUGCGGCUGUUAUGGAGAGCGUGGUGCUUGUUUAUGAGGAGUGGUUUGCGGGGUUUGGGGACGGAGGGGUGGGCAGGGGGAUGGGGAAGGGGAAGGGCAGGGAGGAUGGCGUGUGGGAGCCGGGUGUUUUUGCGGAGUGGUGUGCUGGCGUGUUUCGCGUUGGUGGGGGGAGGGGGGGUGAGGAUGAAGAUAGCGAGGAUGGAGAUAGUGGGAGUGAGAGGGAUACAUCGAGUAGAAGUGGGACGCAGAGCACGAGAACGGGGUUGAGGAUUGAGAUGUAA